AUGAAAGGAAUAAAAUUAAAUGGAACUAUGGUAAUACUAAAUAUAUGACAAAUAUAUUUUGUAUUAUUUGUUAUCUAAAAAAAAUUUUCGAAAGUACGAACGAAGUAUCAAAGUAUCUUGAUAGACAUAGUUGCCAACUGAUAGUAAAGAAUAUUGAACAUAACAUGACACUCAUUUUUCUUUGCCAGCGUUGAAUGUAUACCGUGUAUAUUUUACUGCAAAUGACAUUGUAUAUAAAUCUCAUUGUUGCAUAUGUAGGGGAAACUUUAUAAAACAUGAAUGAGUUACGAUGUAUUACGUAAGUAUAUCGAUAGACUUGACACGAUGGAGAAGCGUUGCUGGAAAUCUGAAUGUAACUCGAAGUUAUGUAAUUUCGCAGCAAAUAAAGAAAUAGCAGUAACAUUUGUUGUGAGCAGCAUGACAAGAGAAUCUCCCCAUUCGAACAAAAGCUGCCACUUUAUUUUAGUUUAAACACAUGAACUGAAUUUCAAAUAUCUAGCAUAUUUAUUCCAUACAUUCCUAACUGCAUACAAAUUUUACUGACACAGUAAAGCCCCACAUAAAACUGAAUUAUAAGGAAAAUAGGUACGAGUGUAUUUGCCAACUUUUAUUCGAAAGUCAUUAAUUACACGAAGACACAAACACUCAAUAAGACUGUAUAUACUAAUUUUUUUUUUCAGUAAAAACUUUAUUCAAGGAAAAAUAGAUAUUCACUUUCACGUGUAUAGAUUUAUAUGUAUUAGAAUAACGAAUAUAAAAGAAAAGUAUCUGUUAAAUAUUAAAAGUGUGAUUAUCUUUUGAGACUUAUGUAAUAAUUCUAAUAAUUUUUUACACUGUAUAGUGUUCUAAAUAUUUAUGUACAAAUUACAAAACAUUUGUUGCAAACAUGUAUUUAGUUAAAGAUCAGUAUACGGCAUGAAUUAUCAUUCAAAUACAUAUAAGUGUUGCCACCGAAUAUUUAUGUCUAUGAAGUAUAUAAUUGUAUUAAAUAUCUUCUGAUUUCUACAUAUAUGUUCAGAUUUAUUUCAAGCCUAAGUGACAUAACUUUAAUAGUCGUAUUAAUGAAAUUAAAAUAUUUUACGUAUAAUACGUAUAAUAUAUCCGGUACUCGAGUGCUAAGAAAUAUACGUACAAAUAAUAUUUUUCACAAUAUCCACACCCACUUGAGAGAUUGUAAAUCAUGCUUGCGGGUAACAAAAUUCCCGCCGAGAGAGUGUUAAUCGGAACGCAUCGAAUCCUCCCAUUAACGAACAAUAGAUUGCUCGAUAAUUCCCAGCAAAUUUGUCGCGGCGAAAAUCAGAAGGGAACAACACGGAGGAGAAAAAAAUAUGGGAGGAGGGGAGUGAGAGAAGAAUGAUAAUUAAAAAGCGGGUGCAGGUGAAACAAUACCGGAGAGCAGUAGCACGAACAGCCGUUUCCAAGGCCGGAGCCAGGGCGCUUUGCGCGCCCUCGGUCUCCCAAACGUCCGAUCUACCCUCUCUUCCACCACCUCGAGGGAACGAAGGAACGAACCAGGCUCCCUCCACCUACCACCCACACGCCCCUCCAGCCUGACGGGCCACCCCUCCAGUUACCACCGCCGCCGCUGCCGCCGCCGUCGUCGCCACCACCGCGAUACAUUGCGAUACACGGUUCUUGUCUCCACGCUGGCCUACCUACGUGCAGGUCACAGCGCUCCACCAAAUCCAUAGCCUCGCUACGCACUAGGCCACUAGGCAGCAUCCUUCUCUCUCGCCACCGCGUUCUAAGUUCUACGCUGCAAAGUAGCAAGAUCCCGCCCGCAGGAGAUCGUGAACUGAAAGAGGCCCAGGUGGAAGUGGUUCAGUCCGGGUCAACGAUCGGCGUCGUCAAUAGGCCGUAUCAGACCCCUCAGCAAGGAGGGUGGGUGCAGUGGUGCUGUGGUUGCAGAAGAGCCAGCGAGGUUGGGGUGGCCUCGUCUACAGGCGCCUUGGCACCGAGUGCACCGGGCCCCGGGGCUGCGGUGGUGGGCUGCUUGGUUGGGGUGUACCCGUGUUCUCCCUCCUCCACGGGGCCCAGGGGCCCCCUAACUCAUCACUUCCAGGCUCUCCCGAAUCAGCAACAACCGAUCGGUUGCCGUGCCUGUUGCUGCGUGCAUAACAAUCACCAGCCAGCUUCGGUCCAGCUUACCAGUCAGCGGGGCGGCCUAUCGCUGAGGGUAGCGAGGGUGGCGUCCACCACCUCCGUCCGAGCCGCCCCCUACGCCCAUCCCCAGCACCAGGGGCUGGGGCAGGAGUGCAGGGAGGAGACGGGGGCAUUGGGUGGAGGUGGUGCGCACAUCCUCGGCAGCCCGAUGCUGUUCGUCCCGUUCACGGUGCCCACCUUCCCCGCGACGCAUCAUCAGACGACCCAUCCUGCGCAUCAGACGCAUCAUCAACAGCUGCAGGCCACUACCCAGAAUCCGGUGCAGCAGCCGCAACAACUCACGCAGCUCAAUCAGCUGAGCCACCUGAAUCACCAAGGCAUUGUACCGGCGACAACCAACCAGCCAACCAUACACAGCACCAGCUGUUCACCGCAGCAACAAGCAACCACACCGAAUAAGGUAAAAAAAAAAAACAAAAAAAACAAACAAAAACAACAAUGUUACAUCACAUUUUUCCAUGCGCUUUUAUAUUGGACGCGCCGAUUCGAUUCGUUCCAAUGA